AGUCCUCCACAUAUUCCACCUGGGCAGCUCAACAUGCCAUAGAUGGUAAAAGAUAUGGACCAGAUGCUUCUACACACUGCACUUCUACAUCCGCUGAGAGAAACUCAUGGUGGAGGUUGGAUCUCUUGAAUAUUUAUAAUAUUAGUACAGUGAUCAUCACUGCUAGAUCAGAUGGAUAUUUGGCUGAAACCAAUGGAGCAGAGAUUCGUAUCGGAAACUCACUGGAGAACAAUGGAAACAACAAUCCCAUAUGUGCUGUGACUCCUGAUCCUCUACCUGAUAAUACUGUCAGUCUCUCAUGUGGUGUAAUGGAGGGACGUUAUGUGAAUGUGAUCCUGUCUGGACGUACAUCUCAUCUCACUCUGUGUGAAGUUGAAAUCUAUGAAACGGAGAAUUUAGCAUCGAAAGGAACAGCUACACAGUCAUCCAUAUAUCGCACCUGGUUAGCUCAACAUGCCAUAGAUGGUAAAAGAUAUGGAGAUGCGUACUGCGCUGGUACAUCAUCUAACAGUGACCCAUGGUGGAGGUUGGAUCUCUUGAAUGUUUAUAACAUUAGUACAGUGAUCAUCACUGCUCAUGACAACUAUAUGGGUGAAGCCAGUGGAGCCGAGAUUCGUAUUGGAAACUCACUGGUCAACAAUGGAAACAACAAUCCCAUAUGUGCUGUAAUAUCUAAACCUCUAACUGAUAAUACUGUCACUUACUCAUGUCAUGGGAUGGAGGGACGUUAUGUGAAUGUGGUCAUGACUGGACAGACAUAUGCUCUCACUCUGUGUGAAGUGGAGGUCUAUGCAACAGAGAAUUUAGCAUUUGAAAGAACAGUUACACAGUCAUCCACACGAUCCACCUGGUUAAGUCAAAAUGCCAUUGAUGGUUUAAGAUACGGACCAGAUACCGGUUUAUACUGUUCUGCUACAACAUCUGAGAGUAACCCAUGGUGGAGGUUGGAUCUCUUGAAUUAUUAUGACAUUGAUACAGUGAUCAUCACUGCUAGACCAGACGGACAUUUGUAUGAAACCAGUGGAGCAGAGAUUCGUAUUGGAAACUCACUGGACAACAAUGGAAACAACAAUCCCAUAUGUGCUGUAACACCUGAUCCUCUACCUGGUGAUACUGUCAGUUAUUCAUGUCGUGGGAUGAUGGGACGUUAUGUGAAUGUGGUCAUGACUGGACGUACAGCUCAUCUCUCUCUGUGUGAAGUGGAGGUCUAUGAAACAGAGAAUUUAGCAGUUAAAGGAACAGCUACACAGUCAUCCACAUAUCUCAACACAUGGGUGCCACAACACGCCAUAGAUGGUGUCAGAUAUGGAGAUGCAUACUGCUCUGCUACAACAACUCUAAGUGACUCGUGGUGGAGGUUGGAUCUCUUGGAUGUUUAUAACAUUGGUACAGUGAUCAUCACUGCUCAUGACAACUAUUUGGAUCAAACCAAUGGAGCAGAGAUUCAUAUUGGAAACUCACUGGACAACAAUGGAAACAACAAUCCCAUAUGUGCUGUAAUAUCUGGUCUUCAAUCUCGUCAUACUGUCACUUACUCAUGUGGUGUCAUGAAGGGGCGUUAUGUGAAUGUGGUCAUGACUGGACGUUUAUCUUUUCUUAUCCUGUGUGAGGUGGAGGUCUAUGGAACAGCUUCAGGACAUAGAAGAAAAACCUUUCUGAGGCUGAAGUUGUCCUCCAGUGCUGAUGUAGCUGCUGAGAGCGACAAAUUCCUCCAUCAGCUGCAGUCUGCUCUGGCAUCACACAUCUCUGAUUUUAAUCUGUCCUGGACACAACUACCUGAGGAAGAAGAACAGAUGGAGGAGGAUGGAGGCAAGUACACACACUUUAACACUUGA